AUUGCAGAAUGAUUCUUCAGAAGCUCUAGCCCUUUCUUGCAGAAACUGUGUGAGAGAGAGAGAGAGAGAGAGAGCACCCUGGAAAAAGCUCUGUCCUUUGAUCCGCUCUCGAGAUAUUUGGAGUGAUGGGUGGAGAUAGCGUCAGAGGUGGUAUCCAACUACGGGGUUUUCUUCGUCUCUGUCGGAAUCUUCAAAUUCUGUCGAACUCAGUGAUUUCAACUCGAACCCCACUCGGAUUCUUGUCAGAAAGUUCGCGUCUUUUCCUGGAUGAUGCAGGCGUCAAUGGUGGAGAUUCUGAAGAAUUUGGUACCAAACCAUCGGUUAGGUUUUCAAGCCGUGAAGCUGAACGGAGAAAGAGAGAGAAGGUUUACAAAGAUGUUCUGCAAAGCUACGAUCUGUUACCUGAGAGAAUCAGCAGCCUGAAUGCCUCAAGACUCAAACUUUUGAGCUAUUCUCCUGGAGCAUGGGGAGGAAGAAGAGCCAGUGAAGUCAAAUUGAAGGAAUAUGAUGUUCCGGAAACAACAUCAAUCAUCUUAGUUGGCCUGAAAGGCUCCGGGAAAAGCAGCCUAAUCAACAGGAUCAUAAGGGUGAUCGAGGAUGAUCGGUUUGCACCCGAUAGUGCCCAAAUAUCAAAUGGUUCUUCUUCUUCAGAAGGCACCUUCUUUCUUCAGGAAUAUGAAAUCCCGAGAGCUUCUCCGACCUUUUCCCUAUACGACACUCGAGGGUUAUGCCAAAACUCCUCUGAUAACAUUAGCACGAUCAAGCGAUGGAUUACGCAAGGUGUUCGUCAUGGAAACCCUGUCAUCUGGAAAUCGGACUGUCCUGAUGUAAAGAAGAUGCUGAAACUUAAAACUCACGGGCUUAGCGGUAUCGGUAGCAAGACCCGGAAGAAGAUUAACUUCGUCAUCUUCGUUGUGAAUGCGGUGGAUGUCUUGAAAUCAAUGGAGAGCUCUAGCCCGACACAGUCGAGCCAUGCCCAGAUGAUCUCUACAGCUUUCAACUGUCCUUUCCUAUCAUUUAAAGAUGACAAGCCAGCAGUAGUUAUGACUCAUGGAGACAUACUUUCCCGGGAAGAACGAGCCCGAGCUCGGGUUUUCUUGGGAGAUCUUCUCGGUAUUCCAGCUGACAGGCAGAUAUUUGACAUACCCGAGAGCCAGGAUGCAGCCACAGAGCUAACCAUAUGUGAUUUGCUUCGCCAUUGCCUUGAACACGCGGAUAAGAACCUCCUCCAGUUUCUUCCCUCAAAGAACUCCUUCAACUUUCAGGAGAAUGGCGUCAUACAAUGGACCAUAUGCACAAGUUCCUUUAUAUUAUUAUUAGCCGUAGCUCUGGUGGUCAUCGUGGCCUAUUACCACGCGCCUAAGCCGCCGAUGGGCGCGUGGCCUAAGCCCAACGUGCUAAAGGGUCACGCGCGUAAAGGCGAUUGGGGGAAGAUGCGACACUUGUGGUUCGAUGACGACUAAUGGAACUGGUUUCAAGUCGGAUGCGCAUUUCUCUCUACGUAUAAAUACAGUACCGCGUUGUAUGCGAGUGAUGGAUUCUACGUAUUUCAUACGUCUUUCUAUGUGUAAUGUGAUGUAUGUAGCGAAAUAAUAAUAAUAAUAAUAAAAAAGACAAUAUUUGCAUUA